AAUUGCAGCUAGUUUGCACAUUAGGUUGAGUUGGAGCAAAGAAAAAUCUCAAGGUUAGAAGACAGUCAGAUUCUGUAGUGGAUUUAGAGUCGCUGUUCUGUAGAAUGGAAGUGCUAUUUGUGUCGUUCAGAUCUCAUGAGUAGUAACAUUCCUAGCCUAAAAAAGUAUUUUUGAACAAUUGUAGCUUUUGAAGUGUAGUAUUGAUGGAUUACAAUACAUUUAAGACAUUUAAAAAUAAACUAUUAGGUCCAGCAACAGUCAGUUGUUAGACUUUUAAUCAAGAGGUAGAUCAACUGGACAAAGACAAACAAAUGUGACUAAUUAGUCAGCAGCUUAAAUAAUCUGUUCAUAUGUUAGAUUUGGGUUUUAAAUUUAAAAAGAAAAUUGUGAGAACAUUACUUUCAAAUAUUGAAGUUCUGACUAAAAUAAAAUAUAUUGUUAUUUGAAUUUUGCAAAGAAUUGCAGCACUUAAGAAAUCAGUAUGAAAACAAGUAUCUGAUAACCUGAAUAAAUCAUUAGCAUGAGCGGUGGAGCAGUGGUGUCAUGUCAACUGCUUGGGUGUCUUCAAAAUACUGUAUGUCAUGGUCAUGCCUGGACAAAUCAAUGCCUUUGUAAACACAAAAGCCUGUAAAUUCUGGCUGUUGAUCGCAAACUGUUAAACCUGACCAUAGAAAAGUGGAGUAAAACUUUCCUCAAACCUUUGUCUUUCUUCGUUUGUUUUAUUUCAAAAAAGUAAUUGAAAAAAAACUCCAUGAUGUUAAGAAGUUUGGCCACACACGGUGUUUGAAAACAAUGCAUUUACAUUUUUCGUCAUAUUUCGACAACAUAUUUACAUUAUUAACCACAACCUUCUUCGAACUUCUUGUACUACAGCGUCUUAUUUUGAAUACAAAAACGAACUACUGGCCGGAUGUAUUAUUCUGAUAGUGAAACGUUAUUUCCGGUGUUGCCACCUCUUUUGUCUCCGGUGCAGUGUUUCGAUAUCGGGGCUCUGGUUAUUUUUUUUUCUAGUCGGCUUUGAGGAUAUAUUUAAACAUAUAUCCUAAAUUACUGGUGUUGAAUGACAGUCGACUGCGAAACAUUUAUGCCUAAAAGUAAAGCGCCAAAAAUGGAUGAGCUGGACUACAUCCCUGUAGACCUGAGCCCAGAGGAGCGUUCUGAGCUGGAGGACAUCCGCAGGAGGAAGGGUGUCCUACUUCAGGAGAUCCAGAGGCUCAGGGAGGAAUUAAGAGAAGCCAUUCUGGAGGUAGAGGGACUUGAGACCAGCACAGAGGGCAGUAAAACUCUACAGAAAAGUAGACAUGUGGCCAUGGGGAGAAAGAAAUUUAACAUGGACCCAAAAAAGGGCAUUGUGUUUCUGGUGGAGAACGAGCUUCUCCGACACACUUCAGAGGACAUUGCUCAGUUCCUCUACAAAGGAGAAGGACUCAACAAGACCGCAAUAGGAGAUUACCUGGGAGAGAGAGACGACUUCAACAUUAAAGUUCUUCAGGCCUUCGUGGACCUCCACGAGUUCACUGAUCUGAACCUUGUCCAGGCCCUCAGACAGUUCCUGUGGAGUUUCCGUUUGCCUGGCGAGGCCCAGAAGAUUGACAGAAUGAUGGAAGCUUUCGCGCAGAGAUACUGUCACUGCAACCCUGGUGUCUUCCAGAGCACGGACACGUGUUAUGUGCUGUCCUUUGCCAUCAUUAUGCUGAACACCAGUCUCCAUAAUCCCAACGUGAGAGACAAACCCGGAGUUGACCGCUUCAUCUCCAUGAACCGAGGCAUCAACGAGGGAGGCGACCUGCCCGAGGAGCUGCUCAGAAAUCUCUACGAAAGCAUCAAAAACGAGCCGUUCAAGAUCCCCGAGGACGAUGGGAACGACCUGACCCACACCUUCUUCAACCCAGACAGAGAAGGCUGGCUUCUAAAACUCGGGGGACGAGUGAAAACCUGGAAGCGGAGGUGGUUCAUUCUCACAGACAACUGUCUCUACUACUUUGAAUACACCACAGACAAGGAGCCCCGAGGUAUCAUUCCUUUGGAAAACCUCAGCAUCCGUGAGGUUGAAGAUCCCAGGAAACCAAACUGUUUUGAGCUGUACAUCCCCAACAACCGUGGUCAGCUGAUCAAGGCGUGCAAGACAGAGGCCGAUGGGAGAGUGGUCGAAGGAAACCACAUGGUCUACCGUAUCUCCGCCCCCACACCUGAGGAGAAGGACGAAUGGAUUCACAGCAUCAAAUCUGCUGUCAGUGUGGAUCCCUUCUACGAAAUGCUGGCCGCCAGGAAGAAACGUAUCUCGCUGAAGAAGAAGGAGGAGCAGCCGUAAAUGUUCCCUUCACUCUUCCCGUCUUCCUCUGUCCUUCACAUUCCUCCUUCCAACACCGCUGAGUUUCCGCUCCUUGUUAUCUGUCCGUAGCCUUCAUUUUCCUGACCUUCCUCAGAACCUUCCAGAGCUUCGGGCUCACUCACUGUGGCUGCCUCGUCUACACUACUGAUACUGUUAGAACAGACUAAACAAACAGGGAGGACAGAACGUCCUCUCACCACGGGUCCAUUAAACUGUGAAACAUGUCCACACUCUGAUAUUCACACCGAUGCAGAUAUAUUCACACCUGUCACAGCCCCUCAUAUUCACUCUUGACUGCCUUUAAAAAAAUCUAUAAUCUAUAAUCUAAUCAUAUAUUGGCAUGAAAUUGGCAACAAGACAAGAAAAGUUCUAGGAAUUUUACUUAUGAAAAAUGACUUGCGCUUCAUCAGAAAUGGUCUGUGAUGAAGUGCAAAUUUUUAUUAUUUAGUAAAUCUUUGUUUACAGUAGUAUAUUUUUUACUAUGUAUGUGUGUUUAAACAAAUGUAUAUAUUUGUGUCUAUAUAUGUACACAUAGACACAUUUAUAUAUGCACAUACAUUCAUAUAUGUAUGUAUAUAUUCAUAUAUAUGUAGACUGUAUAUAUAAUAUAUAUUUUUUGUAUAUAUUAUAUAGAUGUCUAAAUAUAUGCAGUAUGUAUAUAUACAUACAUAUGUAUAAUUACUAUGAUCAUAUAUCGUAUCUGCAUCCGUGUGAAUGUUUUUCUAAUUCAGGAUACCAAGUAGCUCCACCAGGUCCUGUGAAUUCUUCCUCCGACCCAUGAAUGCUGCCUGUGUGAGGCGUCGCCUUUUUAUUGGCUGCUCACACGCCAUUGUCACUCACGUUUGUUCAGACAAGCAGAGCAAAUGAUUUAUGAUGUGUGUUGUAGCAGAUUUAAGAAGUACACUAACAUUUAACUGCAAGGUAAAUAUCCCCAGGACGGCUUCAUAAAUGCUGGUAUUUGUUCACCUCUAAACAAAUACUGUCUUAGUACACUAAAGUAUAUAGUAUAUUAUAAUACAAAGAGGACUGGUGCAUGUCAUGCGUCCACUCUUGGUGGGUGUUAAUGGGAAGCUUCAUAGCUGCUGUUGUAUUUAGUAGUGUAAAGGACUCCCAGAGCAGUAGUACAAACUCCAAGAAUAUUUGCCAGUCCAAGUACCGCCAGUAUGAACAACGAUAACUUACCAGCCCAGUAUAUUAAGAAAACAAAUGUACUCCUAACAGGACUAUUUGUUGACCAAAGAUAUGAUGUACCAUGUAGUAACACUGGAGCAGGUACUUCUGAAGUCACACGUACACAGAAAGAGUGACUAUAUAACAAGCUCGUGGCUCACUUAAUCUUAAUGGGAAUUAUUUUCUCCCACUAGAGGGAGCCUAAGUACCACCAUUGUUUUGAGUACCGCAGUUUGAGAAUCUCUGCACACAAUCGCUGUCCUACACACAGGAAUAGGAACCAGUCCACAGAACUAACACUAUGUGUCAAUGGAGGUUAAUACCUCUUACACACACACGCACGUCCUAUAGCUUAAUGCUCCCUAAGCUAGUGUUUACCUAGCUUACCUACACUACGGUGCGACGCUCUGACACUGCAGCAUAUCAUAAACCAUUCCCUGCUGUCACGACACCACAGAACACUGUCUCACUGUUAGACUCCGGUCCGUCCACUGCAGUCAGUCACCGGGAGUCACAAGGGCAGCUCAUCAUUAUGUACAUGUUGUUGUUUUUUUUUCUUUUUUUAAAUGUAAAUAGCUGUUAGUAUAUUUGUUUACAGUACACAUAGAAAUGAUUUAAUUUAUUCCUCGUCUUUUGUUAGACUCUGAUUGAUUUUUGUACGAGCUACUGUAGACGUGCAUGUUGACAAAUGGAGGCGUCGGUCGUAGGCACUGAUUCGUCUCUUGACCAUGCUAGUGCACUGAGUUGAAGUUAGCGGUAGUGUUCUGCGUUAACCUCGGAAUAGCUGAUUUAAAUCGAAAUAUCGUAGUUAUGUUUGAAAUUAAGAUAUGAAGACGUUUGUAGACGGACUUACAUCCAGAUUGUGCUCAGAUUCAGGAAAGCACAAGAGAACACAUUAGAUCCACUUCCUGCUGUCAUGCAGUGACGGGAGAGUCGACCCUGAAUGAAGAACGACCAAAUAAGGAACACUAAUGACAUUUUUUUAUUUGUUACGUGACGGAUGUAUUUUAGAUGUAAUGACAGAGAACUAGGUUUUACUUUUCGUUAGGUGGUAGAUCUUCAACAUCAUAUGGCGCCCCUACUGGUGUUCACCUGAAACUUUCAUGUGAAACGUUGAAAUUUUGAUUUUAAUUUUUUUUUUCCUUUUGGGGCUCUGUAACAUCCAGCUCAUAAACUGUUCUUUCUUUUCGAUGUUUUUUAAUGGUAGGGAAAAUAAUUACUGCACUUUAUCAACUUAAGCGUUUUUCUUUCUUUUUUUUUCAUUUUUGGUAAGAAUGCUUCAGUACUCUGUAGCACCCUCUACUGGUUGACCCGUACCCACUGAAGUAUGCUGUUGGAUGAAGACAGUUCAAAAACGAUGCAUGCGACUCAUUGUCCUAACAUAGAUCUGUGAUUCUGUCUCUUCUGUUUACCUACCGGACACAGGCCUCACGGUGGCGCUCUAACACGUGUGUCUCCAUCACGCUGGCCGUCAGUAGGUCUCUGCCUUCUUUUUUUAAAAUGUGCAUAGUUGCCAAAAAACAAAAACAAAAAACUAAGGUGUUUCCAUAUAGACAAGAGAAUGAACACUAAAACGAACCCAACCAAAACUGCCCUCUCACCCCCCCUACAGGUAACGAUUCCUCUCACACCCACACUUUAUUUUUUCUUUUUAAUGAAAACACCUGGAUUUUGUAUUUAUUUAUUUUUUAUUUACUGUGAGGUGAUGACGAGUUGAUCAUCUGUAAAUGUAGCAAGAAGAAAACAAUGAUACGUUGGUGCCAGUAAGCUACUGUGGAACAAUAAAACAGUGAACGGAGAUGAAA